AGAGCACACACGUCGCACUAUCAACUGAACCCAUCUAAGAAAACAAGUCGCAGGGAGUCCGGGUCUGAGCUGCGUAGACACUAAAAGGCAAGUUUGAGCUCCCCCACUAAACAGCGCACCGGACGGACGCAGCUGGCCCGUCAUGGCCCGUGGCGGCUCAGGUGGCGGACACUUCGGCGAGUGCGACCUCACCGUUCGGGGAGAAGUGUGGAACGGGAGAAGUGGGCUCCGCGAUCACCCUGCCGCCGCUCUCUUCAGCCCGAGUGCGCUGCAGACGGUGUUGAGUUAAAGCGGAGGAGCUCGAAGCGCCCGGGAGUCGGAAGACCAAUAAAGUGGUGGACAGCGGUGCGGACGGACCCAUGCAGGGAAAUAUGCUGUUCCGUAGACUCACCGGGCUCACGCUGCUGAUCGGAACCGACUCGCACCAGCGUUACCGAACGGACCUUUACGUACGGUCGUACAGCAGGACCGCAUGAAGGACAGAGGCUCGAAGAAAGGGGAAAAGUUGAACGCGGCCGCGGGGUUUGUAAUGGAUAAAGGCUCGCCAAAGGUCUCUGGAUUCAAAUGUCACCCCCCUUGGACUCUGCCCUGGUCGGGGACCAGCAGUGUGUGACGGACAGGCGAGUGGAGCCUGUGGUGGCUCUCUACUGCGUGGCUUCAAAUUGGCCCUGGCUGAGCUCUGCAUGGAGCAACGAGUGAAGAGUCCUGCUAUGGUCUGAUGUCUCAGCAUGGAUGGAGUCAGUCAGAGGACUGGCCACCACUAAUGAGACCAUCGCUCUUCAGCUGAGGACUAGCAUUUACAGGAUUACUCCCACGGUUUCCUGCUCUUUUCCCAGCUAACUGCAUCAUUACCUGACUCUCCUAGGUGGACUUUUCGUGGGUCUGGUUUUUGGUGGAUAUAUACGUCAUUGCCUUUCUGAUUUUCACAUUUGUUUAAUUUUAUUCCAGUUCUUUUUUUUUAUUGUUGGUUUCCCUUUUCCUGUUUUGUUUUUCCACUAUGGAGUUUCUGGCUGGACCCUGGAAUAAAGAUUGGGCUUCAUUCCUGCAAUUUUGGUUGACUGUCAUCCUAAGCCUCCAAAUGCAAUUCAGCCCGGGUGCCUCUUGCCCGGAAGAGUGUCGUUGUGACAACCCGUUUGUGUACUGCAAUGAGCGCAGCCUGACAUCAGUGCCUCUGGGGAUACAGGAGGGCUUCAAGGUCCUCUUUCUACAUAACAACCAGAUAAACAAUGCUGGCUUCCCUGUGGAACUUCACAAUCUGGCCUCCGUGGAGACUGUGUAUCUCUACGGUAACCAGCUGGACGAGUUCCCUGUCAAUCUGCCCAAAAACACCAGGGUCCUGCAUCUCCAGGAGAACAAUAUCCAAACGAUCUCCAAGGCAGCCCUGGCCCAGCUGACUCGACUAGAGGAGCUGCACCUUGAUGAUAACUCCAUCUCCACAGUGGGGGUAGAAGAAGGGGCCUUUAGGGAGGCGGUAAGCCUCAAACUCCUCUUCCUCACCAAGAACCACUUGAGCAGCGUUCCCAUUGGCCUUCCUGAGGACCUGAAAGAGCUGCGGUUGGAUGAGAACCGCAUUGCUGUUAUUGCAGAGGAGGCCUUUCAGAAUGUGACACGUCUGCAGCGCCUCCUUCUGGACGGGAACUUGCUGACGGACGAGGGCAUUGCACCGGGAACCUUCCAGGACCUGGUCAACCUCCGUGAGCUGGCCCUGGCCCGCAAUUCACUCACCUUCCCCCCUCCCCUUCUGCCCAGCCAGUCACUGGUCAAACUCAGCCUGCAGGAGAACCAGAUCAACCAGAUCCCUGUGGCAGCCUUCGCUGCCCUAAAUAGGCUGGAAAAACUGGAUAUCUCCAGCAACCAGCUUCAGACUCUUACACAGGGUGUGUUCGAUGGCCUGUCGAGCCUAAAGCAUCUCAUGGUGCGAAAUAACCCCUGGCGUUGUGACUGUGCUGUGAAAUGGGUGGUGGUGUGGCUGAAGUCUUUGCCUUCCUCCAUCAACGCCCGAGGGUUUGUGUGCCUGAGUCCAGACCAGGUGCGUGGCAUGGCAAUCAGAGAGCUCACGCUGGAUAUUAUAGAGUGCCCAGUUGAUGUUGACCAGCCGCCCUGGCCCACCCUCCGCUCCACACCCCCUCCCCCACCCACAACCACCCCUAUCACCACCAUGAUCUCCACCCUCAUCACCACAUCCAUCCCUUACUACUUUGACUCACCCUCCCCUCCCUUACCCCCGAUCCAUAACAACCCUCCCGGGCCCCUGCCUCCGUAUGCGGAUCCCCUUCAGAUCUCCUUCCAUGUGGUCAACUCCACCAAUAUCGAGGUGAGCUGGGCCUCCUAUUUCACUGUCACAGCCUACAAGGUCACGUGGGUGAAAAGGGGCCAAAGCCAAAUAAACGAAGGAAUGCAGGAGAGGACGGUGAGCGGGGACCGGCGGCAUAUUAGCCUCACCAACCUGGAGCCCCGGUCCGUGUAUCGGAUCUGCGUGCACGUGCUGGACACCCUUAACUCCUACAGGCCCGGAGAGGAUACUAUAUGCUCUGAGGCCAGGACCAAGCCUGCCAUGUCUACCAAGCCUCCCGGUAGAGAGCAAGCUCCACAGGAGAGCAUCAACUCCACGCUGCUGAUGGCUGGGAUCAUAGGUGGGGCGGUGCUUAUCAUCCUGGUAACGCUGCUCAGCCUGUUCUGCUGGCACAUGCACAGAAAGAGCCGGUCAUCUUCGACCAAGUGGAAAUACAACCGGGGCAGGAGAAAAGACGACUACUGCGAGGCUGGAACCAAGAAGGAUAACUCCAUUCUGGAGAUGACUGAGACAAGUUUCCAGAUAGUGGCGCUGAACAAUGAGCAGCUGCUCAAGGGAGAUUUCCGCAUUCAACCCAUCUACACGCCCAACGGGGGCAUUGGAUUUAGAGACUGUCACCUCAGUAACAACAGCAUAGCCUACUGCAAGAGCAGCAACGUGCCCAGCACAGAGUUCUGCCACACGUGAUGCAGCAGCAAAUAGUACAGCGGCAUUCACACAUACACACACAUACCAGAAACACUUAACAAUACAUGCAUAAAUACACACACACACACACACACACACACACUGUUUGUGUAGACAACAAAAAAAACAUAAAAAUUCUAGUGAAAUAUAACUGUACUAUAUAUAUUUCCAAGUUCUGUCUACAAUGUAAUUUAUACUGUGGAUAAUAAUGUGGGAUUCUCUGCUAUCUUUUUUAUUCUUAGAAAAAGAGAUUCAAGUGUUUCUUUUUUUAUAACCAGCAGGGUUUUGAAAGUUGUUUUAAUGGUCAGUACUGUACAUGAACAUGGAUUUGUACAAUCACGGCACCCUGGGUGUAGCUUCUGACAAAAGCUGUCAGCCUUGGAAAUGUUGGGGCGCUUAGAGGGCUGGGAUCCUUUGCUAACCACAGAAGCAAAAUAUGGCCUUUUUGCGCUUUGAAACACUGCAAACCCUCCCCAGUACAACAGAACAGUAGUAAAGACAACACAGCGCAGGGGAAAUCCAAACACUGCUGAUUAGAGCGCUGUGGAAAUAUAGCACUGGUUCACUGGUGGCAUGUUGUAAAAAAGAAUUGAAGUGCACUUUCUUAUUAAUGGAAGUAAGGCAGGAAAUGAGCAGAGGUUGUGAUCACAUGUAAAGGACUGUGGACGGUUGUGUAGGGAGAAUAUUAUCGGGGCUGUUAAAAAGCCUGGACUGAGAUUUCCCAAAAGUGCCUUAACACUAAAAGCACCUUUGUUCUGUUGGUUUACAGUGGAACAAAGGUGGGCUUAGUCAAGAGACACUUUUUGGAAAACUCUCAAAAAGGAUGCGUCAUUUUCAGCGUCAUUUUGUAAGGAGGUGCAAUUACAAACACGAGUUUAAAAAGCAACAAAGGAUUAUUGUCCCUAAUGAGGCGCAUAGAUGUGCUGAGACUCACAGAUCCUUUUGAAGAAAUUCCCUAAUUUGUUCUGCUUCUUUUUUUUCCCCUGUUUUGGCAAGUGAGGCCACAAGGGGGCGGUUUCCCUCAGCGUUGUGUGUGGGACAGAGGAACAGAGGGCAGGACAGGCAGACAGAGAGAAAGCUGCAUAGAUCACUUUACCUCCACCAUUCCCCUGGAGUCCAUUACCCAGACGAUAUAACUCAUGCUCAAACAGCAUUGUUUAGAGUAUUAUUGCUCAUCGAGCUACUUAAUGAUGUGGAAUCAUUUAAAACUAAGAGUGUUUUCUGUGUUUGGUAGCUAAAUGAAAUGGAUUUUCACCACUGUGGUCUAUCAUGGGGGGAAAGCCUCUGUUCCUCCCUGCGUGUGUGUGUGUGUGUGUGUGUGUGUGUGUGUGUGGAGAGAGCGUGAUGGAUUUUAUAAAAAGCACACACAUAACGCUAAUUAUACACCCACUUAUUUCAACCUUGUCCCAGCGUUCAUUAGGCUUUUUGAUAAAUUAGGAAAUUACAACAAUAAGAUCGCACUCCGCCCACGAUCCUCACAACGUUGUGACUGAGCAGCUCAUCUAGUGUCUCAUCAUUUACCCCUUUGUGCACACUUAUGAGACUGUCUACUUCAUUUAUGGUUUGCUCACCUGAACAAUGCACCUGCUCACUCCACAACAUUAGUUUCUGCGAUGAUGAUUUUCACCCUAUCUACCCUCAUUUUCUGUUCCUCUGUUCUUCGUCUGUCUCCCUGUCUCCCUGUCUGUCUCUACACCUCUGAUCGCUGCAUGGGCUCAAUUAAAACAGUUUUCCUGCCCUUCAGCUCCUAGGCUGUGGUGGCAGCUUUUUGCAUGCGAGGUGCCAGCGAGAGGUCUUUAUUAUGCGCUUCUUAAGAAGGACUUUAUUUGAUUUGACAAGAUUUUAUUUUGAGGGGCCAAGCUUAAAGAAUUCCCACCGCCGAUACCCCCCUCCCCCCCAACCCCCACCCCCACCCACCCACCUCUCCUCAUAAUCCUCGACCAAAAAAGGGAGAAAAAUAUGUAGACCUUAUUUUCACUUGGCUGCAUGGAUCUCACGCUGGGAGAUGUUAACUCUUUGUGAGGCGCACAGCUGCUCGAACAUACGCGGUAGAGAAUCAACACAAACUAGGCCGAACAUUUAAAGUCAAAUUAUUUUUUAAGGGCUUGUACUCGAGUUAUUCCAGAGUGUCGCCAUUUUCUCUGAGAGGAUUCACCUCAGCAUUUGGAAUAUCUCAAAGUAGCCGGACUUACUGUAAUUCCAGCAAUAGCUCAAAUCGUGAUCACAUCAACUACUUAAAUUCUGUUUAACCAAGACAAUGGUUUAGUGUCAUAUUAUGUCUUCAAAAUCAUGUUUUAAUAAGACAACUGACGUGUUUUUCCAGUGGAACGAGACCUUUUUGUUGGAGUUUUAUUUGGCAUUUUUUUUAGAAUAUCUUGAAAAUACAAAAGCUCUGUUAUCAAGACAAUAUUUAAAACAAAAGUUCAACAUUUUGGGAGAUAUGCUUAUUCACUUUCUUGCCAAGAGCUAGAUGAGAAGUUUGAUUCCAUUGUCAUGUCUGUACGGUAAAUAUGAAGCCACCACCAGCAGCCACAUUAGUUUAGCUUAGCAUAAAUAGUGGAGACAAGGGCAACCAGCUAGCCUGGCUCUGUCCAAAGGUAAGCCAAUCUGCCGUAAAACCACAUUGAGUUAUUUUUAUAUGGAUUAAACAAGCAAGAUGUUAAUUUGUGAACUUUAGAGGUGCUGGUAGGCGGAUUUUGUUACCUUUGGACAGAGCCAGACCAGCUAUUUCCCCAUUUCCUGUCUUUAUGCUAAGCUAAGCUAAGCUAACUGGCUGCUGGCUGUAGCUUCAUAUUUACCAUACAGACAUGAGGCUGGUAUCAAUCGUCUCAUCUAACUCUUGGCAAAAAGUGAAUAAGCGUAUUUUGCAAAAUGUCUAUUAAAAACUAUUCCUUAAAGGGAAAAAAAUUCCUAAAAUAAGUCGAUUCUCAUUGCAACAAAAUGAAUGAUUGUAAUGAUCUCAUUCCCCUUGCCAAUGAAUUACACUUAUUUUAAGCAAAAUAAUAUUUUAAGACAAUUUUUUUUCAUUUUGGGUUUAUUAAUACUAAGAUCUUCUGUGGUUAUCAAAGCAUCUCCACUUUUUAUUUUAACCUUUUUCUACUAAUAUCCACAGCGGACCAUAAACACUUGAACAUUUACAUCAGAUAUUGUUUCGAUUAUUCUUUGUUAUAAAUGAAAGCCCUAUUUUAAGUCACAUGCCGAUCAAACAAGGGGGGGGAUCAAACUGUUGCAACAUAUACUAGCUCCCUUGUCUGUGAAUGUGUAACAGAGACAGAUAUUUGCCUUACCUUUCAUGCAGGACUGAAUGAUUAGCUAGAGAGAGAGCGUUGAGUGGGAGAAAGAAAGAGCGAAGAAAAAAACGAGACAUAAAAAGACGGCAACGAGAAUGCUGAACAGAAAGCACAUUUCUCCAACAGCCACGGUGGCAACAAUAACAGUAUUAACAGGAAGAACAACAUUAAGUGUGACAACACAGUAGCUAACGAGAGACUGUUCAUCCAUAGUGCCAGACCUUAAGCGGUGCAUGGCUAAUGAUUCAACCAGACGGGGAAAAGGCGCUUUGGUGGUUUUGCAGCGUACAUUACUCUUAAUUUUCUACUUGCUUGAUGAAAGUACUCUGCUGCGGUGCCGUGACCAAUGGAAUUACACAAAACGUAUUACGGACUGCUAGCGUCGGAUUAUUACUGUUUCAGGGUGCCGAAAAGUAAUUUCCCUUAAAGCUCAUCGAAUCACGUUGAGAUAAUUAUGUUUAAUCUCGGAGAGGUCAGUUCAGACACAACGCACGAGUGGUUGAAACAGAAUACAUUUAAAGUCAUCUUUUCUUCCUGUACGCUGCAAAAAUAUAUUAGCCAGUAACAUUCAUUCAAGGAUUUUUGCAUGUACUGUAUUUAGCUUCAUAGCCUUUCAUUUUUGUUUGGAUUUGUCCAGUAUUUUUUUCAAGAGAAAGAAGGCUGGAAAUUUACAGUGCAUGUAAAACGGCUACGUUGGGAUACUUCUUCUCAUCGAGAUACUGCAGUGUUAUGUUGACCAUCCACACCAAGUUUUCUUAGGAACCAAAGUUAAAUUUCUGUUCUCAUGAUGAAAUAUUGAUGUUGUUCCAUGUAUGUGCCUUGAGGUUGAACUUACAAUGUAAAGUCCUUGAAACCUUUAAAUGUUUUUGCACAAACUGUAAAUACUUAAAUGAAGCUUUUUGAAAAUAAAAGAGCCAUUGGAUUUGA